AUGGAAAACGCCUCCACGCUAGAAUCCGGGGGCGCAGGGGGGUGCGGGGGCGCGGGAGACGGCCACGUAGUUUUCAGGCAACAGAAGCAGGGGCACGUACUGGAGACGUGGGUGGCCCUUUUGGUGGACAGGACGACGUCCGUUGCCGUGUCGAAGUGGAAGAAGGUCGUGUUUCUGCUCUACUGCCGCCUCACAAACACGGUGUUCAAGAACUCUGCGCUUCUCGCUGACAAGAACCGGCUGGUCGCCGAGCUGCACCGCACUGGACUUGAGCUGAAGGAGACCAGGAACCUCGUAUCCUCCCUUCUCGACAGUCACGUAACCGUUGAUGGGGGGCCCGGGGACUCAGCAGUGUCGGUGUUGGCACCGAACGCGCCUUCGCGCGACCAGUCGAACGAGAGUUCCGUCCAGAGCGCGACGGCGGGUGACAGCGACGGCGUUGACGUGCGACACUCCGACCAUCAACGAACCUCGUUCUACGACUCCGCCAAUUCUGGCAACGGCGACGGUCUCAACGGUGGCCCGGCGACGCUUAGCAUGGCCUCCGAACGUUGGAAAGACAACUCCUACUACCCAGAUAACGACAACGCCGGGGGGCGGUCGGGGUUUCCAUCUGGAGCCGGUGCGUUGGCCAGGCUUGCGAAGCUUCAAGAGAUUGCGGCGGAACCGGCACCGGUGCCCCCGGGGUUGGAGAUAUCGUAUCUGCUCCCGAGCAAGGCUGAGAACGUCCCCUUGGCCGCUGCGCGAUUGGCCAACUCCCGAUCGUCGAUCACGUUCGGACCAAGAAAAUACUCUAGGGUUGCACAGACGAAGCGAACAUCGCCCCUCCGUAGUCACGGCACCACGGCAGACCGACUGGGAGGAACGUCGGUGGCGGGGACAGCGGUGGUACGCGCCAGGUCCAGCGUUCACUGCCAGUCAGGGCCCCAAGAGAACGCAGCACGAGCACCGGCGGUGUCCUCAGCAGAGCGGGCGGCGGCCUUCGGGACAGAGAUAUCCCAAUCCCUCGCCGAAGAGAUCAAGGAAAACAUUCGCUUGAAUUCUUCGAGGGCCACCUCCCGCCGCCCCUCUACUACGUCGGCUGCAUCUCCUCUUGCUCAGGUGCUACAGGAGGCCCGCGCGCCCGUACCCCAGCCUUCUCCACCUUAUUCUUUGCUGGCGGCCGCCGGCGCUGCUAUGCCUGUCGCUUCCAUGUCUCCAGAACCGUGUGGAACCGGGGGGGUGCAGCAAAAAACCCAGCGGACUCCGUGGCGGUUCGCCCGCUCGUCCACUUUUGCCGCCGCUGCCCGUCCCGCGAACCAAAGCACCUCCUACCACCGGGGCCGGGGUGUUCAUAAAUCAAGGAGGGACGAAGCGUUCGUAACGGACAUCUCGGAAGAGCUGGACAGAACCAGAAAGGCAAUCCAAAGGAGCACCUCGGAGAAGAUCUCCGCGCUCAAGCAGGAGCAAGAGGCGGCGGCGGUAGCAGUAAGGGAGUGUUCGGCAUCGUCAGUGCUGAGGCAGAAGCACGCGACGGCAGUGAAGGGCCGCAGAAAUGCAGCGACACAGCAGCCCGCCGGGGGAGAUUCACUACCGUUGUUCGGCUCGCAACUCAAAGUCGGACGCCAACCGAAGGAAACCGUUGCCAGCACGGCCAUGAGCAAAGAAAAUGCCGCGACGAAGGGACCCCGGAAGGCUCCUCGGUCGACGGUGGUUGGACCUGAGCGCGGAAGCAAGGGACGGCAGCGGGCUCGGGCGUGUCUCCCUCGCGAGAACGUGGUCAGCUAG